CACCGCUUCGUCACUCCCGGCGCGUCGCAGCCAUUGCCAGACUGCAGCGCCGAUUGAGCUGGUGCGUCGAAAGCUCUCGCGAAAUCUACAGCUACACCGCCUUUAGCUUUUCAACGCGCGCGCUGUCGCCAAACAGCCAACAUGCCGCCUGCCAUUAGCGACGAUGAGGCUUCUGCCUCUGGCAACGAGGACGAGAUCCCGUUCAAGGACAACAAGAACAUGCUUGAUGCGCAAAACGGCGACGAGAAUAGCGAUGAUGAUGAAGAAGAAGAGGAGGAGGAGGAGGAGGAAUACAUAGUCGAGGCAAUCCUCAACCAUGCAUUCGAAGACGACGUCCUCAAAUAUGAGGUGAAGUGGGCAGGGUACGAGAAGAAAUCGGAACGUACUUGGGAACCAGAAGAGAAUCUCUCGGGCGCAACGGAUAUUUUGGCGGCAUAUCACAAGAAGAUUGGCGGUAGGCCAAAGCUAGGAGACCCAACUCCUGGGGCGGGCAGAAAGAGGAAGCAAUCUGGUACCCCCGUCGCCAGCAAAACUCCAAAACAAGGCCGCAGGAAGUCGAAGGCAGGCAAGACUGGGGACGACAGCACACCGACUUUGAAGAGCAAGAUCAAGUCGGAGCCAGUAUGGGAACCACCACAAGGGCUGUGGGAAGACCUUAUCAUCGCCGUCGAAUCUUUGGAGCAGACGAUUGACGCCAAAACUGGAGAGCCCAAGUUAAUGGGAUACGUCCAGUGGAACGAUGAGAAGAGGACACAGCACGCCAUAGGCCUUCUCUACAGGAAGUGCCCGCAAAAAAUGCUUCAAUUCUACGAACGUCACUUGACAAUUACAUCCUAACGUGGCUAUUUACUAGGGUGUUCAAAGAGGGUCAGGAAGCUGUCGGUGAAGACGAGAUGGAGGAGAAUGACGUUUAGUGGACCCAUUCUUCACAGCAGCCCGCUUCCAUUCACAGCCCUGACACGGUCCGAUCCUUCUUCUAUUCGCUGUACAGCC